UCAUGUAAAAGAUUUUUUUGAAUAUAAAACUAUAAUUAAUAAAGUGCGCGAGAACUCCCAAAAAGGUGUUGAAGUAUCUCAGUGUGAAGGAUAUAUUGAAAGCAAUUUAAAUGGCUAUUUAGAUGAAGAAGAUGGCUCUUUUAAUAAAGGUUGUGCCAAUGCUUUAAGCCAUAUAUCAGAUAUUAGAUAUGGUCCCAAAAGUAAUACAUUACCUGGAUUUUGUGAAUAUACCAAUUACUGGUUCUAUGGCAAGUUGAAAUCAACUUAUAAAAUUAAAUAUUAUAAGAUAUUGCUAGACUUUUUUAAAGGACUUGGCAAUUUCGAAGAUUGCAUAGAGUAUACGGAAUCUAUUGACGACCCUAAAUAUAAUUACCUUAAUAAAUUAGAUGAAUUGUAUGACAACUUUUAUAAUUUUGAAAAACAAUCUUCAACUGAAGAUCAGAAUCGUUGUGUAAAAGGUGAAAUAUGUGCCCAAGAAUAUAAGAAACACGGGAGCACAUGUAAGGGGAAUGGCAACAAUAGAUUUUGUAAUGAGUUACAAAAUUUUCGAAAUUUAUUUAAUAAUCAUCUUAAAUUAAUAAAAAAGUGCGAUAAAAUAGAAGAUUUACCAUCUUUCCAAGGAUCUCCACUAGCUGCUACCAUUUCAAUUCCAGUUUCUGUAAUGUCAGUAAUAUCAUUCUUUUCAUUUAUUACGUAUAAGGUGGGUAAAUUUUUUGUACAAAAGUGA